CCUACCCCUUUACCCCCUCUCUUUCCCCUUUCCUUUUCUCACCGUCACCAUGAGGCUCGCUGUGGCAUUCAUCCCCCUCCUCGCACUCGUGCAGCUCACGCUCGCGGCCUGCCCCAUGGCCGAGCUCUCGAAGCGCGGCCUUGUCCCCGAGGACAUGGCUCGUCGCUACCACAAUGGCCAAGGCCUUGGCGGUGAGACCCUUGCUGAAGCCAGGAAGCGUGAGGACCCUCCCUACAACGGAGGCGGCAACGAGGACGCGCCCCCGCUCCUCGACCCAAUCUCCGGCGUCCUUUCGCCUGUCGGCCUCGGUGGCCUCCUGCCUCGAGACCGUGAAGCGGCCGAGCGCAGCAUGCGUCGCCGUCAGGCGGAGCAUUUCAAGACGCGCAUGGAGGAGCGCGACGAGGACGUUGACGACAACAGCUCUGUCCUGACGCCCAAGGCUGCCAAGCGCCACUUUGCCAAGCGCGGCCUCAUCGGCGGUCUUCUUGCUCCCCUCACGGGCCCCCUUCAGGCUCUUGACUUGCCGACGCCUCAAGAGUCUGGUCUCAAGAAGAUUCCUGGAGACGACCCCAAGCACCAGUACCAAGCUCCAGGCCCCAAUGAUGUCCGAGGAAACUGCCCCACUCUCAACACGAUCGCCAACCAUGGUUACAUCUCUCGUGACGGUAUCUCCAGCUUCGCCGAGCUUGCAAACGGUAUCCAGACGGCCUACUCGAUGUCUUUCGACAUUGCCGUCUUCCUCUCCGCCCUCGGCCUCCUCGCUGGUGGCGACCUGGUCACGGGCCGCUACUCGAUUGGCGGUCAAGACCCCCGCAUCACUUCGCCCCUUGGCCCAGUCUACGGCAUCGACCGCCACGGUACCUUUGAGAUCGACGCUUCGAUCUCGCGCGGUGACCGCUACUUUGGUGACUCGCACAGCUUUAACCUCUCGCGCUGGGACAAGCUCGUGUCUGACGCGGACCAGCACGGUGGCGGCCUCUUCAACAUCGAGGCCAUGAAGCGCAACGCUGCUGACGCCGUCGACGAAUCCAGGGCUACCAACCCAGAAUUCACCUUUGGAGCCAAUUUUGCCGUCGUAUAUGCGACAAGGGCCCUCCUCACUCGUCCUCUUCCUAAUGGCACUGCGCCAGAGGUGGCCAACUACGAAAACGUCGCGCCGUUCUACCUCAACGAGACUUUCCCCGAAGACUGGUUCCGCAUUCCCAACUCUUACUCGCUCGUUGACCUCCUCGGCGACAUCGGCACUCUGUUCCUCUUCAAGCCUCAGCCCCUGGGAAGGAACUACCAGGGCAGGUUCGUCCCACUCGAGCUCAGCGUGCCUACCGCACCCGCCGACGUCGGUUGCUUUGCGGCCUCGCUCCUCGGAAGCAUCGUUCCCGGCCAGCUUCAGCCCGAGGUCGAGGCUAUCAACGCCGUCAAGGAUCAGCUUCUCAGCGUUGUGCUCAAGAGUGCCAACUGUGACGUCAGCCAAUUCAACUCCAACGCAGGCUCAGGAUCGAGGAGCAACAUCUCCUACGUCGAAAAUGCUGAUGCCGGCAGCGGAAGUGGCGUCACGAGGCUCGGCGAGUACGACAGCGCGGCUAAGCCCACCAACUACAAGUCUUCGUCUUCGUCAUCGUCCUCUGCAGCCAGGGCGACGGCUUCCACCAAGGCUGACCGUUGAGCAGCUUUUGUUGUUUGUACGGUGCAAGAAGCCCUCUGCAGUCAGGGAUUCUUUCUACCGGACAUGACAGACAUUACCUCCGCCAUCUUUUCUUUUUGGAACCCCGCCCUCUUUCCCAUUUCCACUGACCUCCUUC